CCCGGUAGAGAAAACUGCCUUUGUUAUUUUUUUCUUGUUUUCGCUUUAUUUGUAUAAAUGUAUUUUCAGUCUUUUAUUUUGAAAAGCAACAUUUAUUUUGAAAAAAGGAAGUGUGAUCCUCCAGCAAACUUUAUUUUUCCUGUUGCCGGAUCACAAGGGAUAAAUGCCUUUUUCAUUGGUUGAAGGUGGUUUUAGUCCCGUCUUCCAAAACACCAGACCAUCAUUUCACAUGAGCUAGGUCUUUUCGCACGUGGAAGUAGAUGAGACAGGCCACGGAUAGCUCGUGCAGAAUUUUCUAACAUUUUGGCUAGGUUUUUUUUCCCUUGUUCGUGUGGAAGGAACUAAGAUUCUGGAUUACGAUGGAUUCUCUCCGGAUGGAGAUGGCGAGCCUGAGCCCGGACUGAACUUUGCAGAGGAACUUACUCUUCUUCCUCGACGGAGACUCCCAAGUGGUAACACACAAACCACAAACGGAAGAGAAAAAGAACUAGACUAAGAAUUUCUGACUUGACAAAUGACCAAAGACAAAAGGACAAUUGAACAUUGAGCUCAAAUGACUAUUUUUGGGGUUAUUUUUGUUGCCGGCUUAUUCUGAUUAUUGCUAUUGUUAUUAUUACCAUUACUACUGUCAAUGUGGAAUUUGUGUCUUGUUUAUUUCAUUUUUGUGCAAAAUAAUAACCGUUGCUGCUCAAAUUCCUGUCUCCAGCCAUUUCAUUCCGUAUUCGCCUCGCUUUCUAUUGUAGCCCUGCCGAACCUAGCAACUGGUCUGUAGUUUGGCUGUCCUAAACUAUUUAAAAUGAGUCAGUGGUUACAGUAAGUCUUGGCGAGCCAGCCAGGAGCCUUUUUCUCAUGUGAUUACAAGUAUAUAACGCACCCAAAAUGGAGCGUCUUGUUGAGCGUGAAUCUGUUAAAGUCCCAAAUUCGGUGAUAGUGAGCGAAAUAGCUGGAGAUGAGCAGAUUGAUGAGGUGACUGAAUUCCUAAAACAGUAUGGGUCAAUCUCAAGAGUUUUAAAGGUAGAUGAUAGUAAAUCUGAGUUUUUCCCGAGUGUUGUUGUUGAGUACAAUUCAGGUACUGCUGUUGAUGCUCUUGAGCCGUUACCUUACAACCACAUAUCCGAUAGUGGAGUUAACUAUAGAAUACAAUCUCUUGCAAGCGUAUACACGCGAUGUGUGGGGAAUGAUACAACCAAGUCAUAUCUCACUGAGUUAAAAAACCUAGCCAAAAUGAGCGGCCGAGGGUUUGCAGAUGUUCUGAAGGACAUGAUGUCACAGAUUGCUGAAUCAAUCAAAGAGCCUGAACGUGAUCAAUCAGAGCAAAUUGACUUACCUGAAUCUCCCUUGGCUGAGUUUCAGCCUUCAGCUGUUGAACCCAGUGUUGAUGGUGCACAACAAUCGAACCACUCAAACCACACUGCAAGAAACCCAGCUCAUAGUGCACCCACCAUACCUGCACCUGAUUUAAACCCUCCUGAGGUGCAGCGUGUAGUAGUUGAGCACAUUGUGAGAAGAGAUGAUCAUUCAGUGCAACAUUUUUCUCAAAAACUCAGAGCUUUUUCUGGCAAGGAUCCCCGGCCAACCUAUGAGCCAGAUUAUGAUACUUGGCGUUCCAGUGCUGAACUAAUCAUGAGUGACACUUCCCUGUCGCAACUGCAACAAUCGCGAAAGAUUCUUGAGUCUCUCUUACCCCCGGCAGCUGACGUAGUUAAGCAUUUGAACCCCGACAGCUCACCUGCAGACUACCUUCAGAUGUUGGAUUCUGCCUAUGGGACAGUUCAAGAUGGUGGAGAGCUUUACGCCAAAUUUCUUGACACCUUCCAAAAUCCAGGUGAGAAACCGUCGGCAUACUUACAACGCCUUCAGGUAGCUUUAACUCACACUGUAAAACGUGGUGGUGCUUUAAGCAAUGAUGUUGACAGACUCCUUGUCACGCAGUUCUGUCGUGGUUGCUGGGAUGAUUCCCUUUUAAACGCACUUCAAUUAAAACAAAAACGGACAAAUCCCCCAUCUUUUCCUGAGUUGCUUCUCUUAUUACGCACAGAAGAAGACCAAAAUGCUACCAAAAACAUGCGAAUGAAGCAACAUUUGAACAUCACAAAACAAAAAGCGACAUACCACCUCCAAACAGUCAAAGGCUGCUUAGACGAAAAUGAAAACACAACCACCUUAAGCUCAAUUAAAGAACUCUCAAAGCAAGUUGCAGAACUCCAGGCCCAACUGGUGCGGCUGACUGCGAAACCGAAAACACAGAAUUCCAGAUGUGCCCCCCAUACAAAGUUUAAAGAGAACCGAAAGCCAGACAGAGUGAGCAGGGAGCCCACAGAACGAACAGUUAAAACUCAAAGUACCCCACCCAAACCGUGGUACUGUUUCCAAUGUGGAGAAGAUGGCCACAUCAAGCCAGACUGUGAAAAUGAACCAAACCCAGCUCUAGUUGCUGAAAAGCGCAAACUGUUUAAAGAGAAACAGAGGAAAUGGGAGGUUGAGAACCCUCCAGCCGCUAAGGAACAGUUAAACUGAAAACAGUCUCUAUUGCGGGGCAAAUGGAGACUGCAGCCAGGCGAUCAUGUCCCACUAAGUACAUGCAGCGUGCUAACUGCAAGCAAUCUGUCACUAAGUCACAGAAGUAUAGUCUGCCAAAAGGGUUGGUUGGCUCUAAAUGCACAGCAGUAGUUAGCAUUUCUGGCAUUAAUGUGAAUUGUCUCCUGGACUCAGGGUCACAAGUGACCACAGUCACUGAGUCGUUCUACAAACAGAACUUUCCAGAUCAAAACCUUAACCCACUCUAUGAUCUUUUAGAAGUGGAGGGUGCUGCAGGUCAGCCCGUCCCCUAUUUGGGUUAUAUAGAGACAUGCAUUACUUUUUCAAAAGACUUCUUAGAUGCAGAGAUUGACAUACCAACCUUAGCUCUUGUUGUUCCAGACACUCAUCCAAACAGUCAGACCCCAGUGUUAGUGGGAACAAACACGCUUGAUGUCCUUU